GGAGAAGGAAAAGGAAAAGGAGUUAGUAAACGGGGCCAGCAAAAGAGAAAACGUGUGGACCGUGGAGUCGUGAUGAACAUCUGCUCAUACGUGAAGAUUUAGGGCUCAGGGGAAGCAGACGAAGGAACCAUCCAGAACCGUUUGAGGAACCAAUCGUGGCUGAGACGAAAACCGUUCAGGAUCCAUUCAGAUCUGAAGCCCCUCAUCUUUCAGUCCCCGCGUCUGUCACCAUCAACGCCAAGAUAACGUGGUGUGCGGCGUGUGAAGUUCUGAAGCACCACGUGAAGAUCUGAAGGCCCUCCAUCAGGAAAUGAAGAAACUGAUAUUGAAGGUGCACUUGCAAGAUGAAAGAUUGAAGCAAAAGGCCAUGAAGUCUGUCUCUGGUCUUCCAGGUGUGGAAUCAAUCAGCAUGAACAUGAAGGACCAGAAAUUGGACGUGAUCGGGGACGUCAAUCCGGUUGAUGUAGUCAAAAAGUUGAAGAAACUCUGCAGCACGGAAAUAUUAUCUGUUGAACCAGCAAAAGAGGAGAAGAAGACGGAGAAAGAAGAGCCAAAGAAGGACAAGGAGGAGAAAGAACCUGAGAAAGAAAAGCCAAAGAAGGAUGAGAAAAGGGGUGAUGUGGAUGAGCUUAUGAAGGCCUACCAAGCCUACAAUCCUUACAUGAACAACAAACAUGGGUUUGUCAGUUGCACAGAGGGGAAUCCGAAUUCUUUUGCAGAUGAGAAUCCGAAUUCUUGUGUAAUUUGCUGAUACUUAGAUCUUACAAAGAGAUAUAUUAUGACCCAAGAUUACUCUGUUGGAUACGAACGCCUGUGUAAUUGCCUGGUUUUUUUGUUACCGGUGUUCAAGAAGACAUCCCUGAGAGAGGUUUUAUGUACAGUUAGUGAUAUCAUAGUUGAUCUUAUUAAUAUUUUAUGUUGUUGUUUGGAAUGUUACAUAUGUUUUGGUGACUGGUUUUUACAUCAACGGAAGACACUUGGUUUUCUUGAA